AUGAAGAUAUUUUCCAGAAGGCAUUUGAGAUAUUGUGAGCGGGAGACAAAAAAUAAGAGAAGAAAACAUUUAAAAUACAAGAAAAUACUUGAAAUUGUUGUGGAUAUUUUGGUUUUUGGAAAAUCUGCUUUAAAGCAAAAGGGUUUAAUACCAAAAUACAAAACAAUCAAACUUAAAUAA